UUUGACAAAAAAAAAAGAUGACAUUAUGAAGGUAUCAACACUUCUUGAGGAUUUUUCAUCUACAAAGAAAUCCCCACUAUUCUCCAAUGGGGAAACAGUAGUUGCAGAACAUUUCGACGAAAUUAGAGAAGAAGUCAGUGCGGAUCACUCGAGGGCCAGAACUUCGACUUCACAAAAGGAAUCUGAUUAUGAUCCAUCUCCCUCCGAAAGUUUUUCAGAGCAUGACGAAGAUAGGCUUUCUGAGUCAGAACUGAAUUAUGCUCUAGGAAAGCAAUCAAGACGUGUCGCAUGGUGCAAGGAAGAAAUUGAGCUGGUGAAAGGGACAUUCAAGAGGGAAAUCGAUCUGAACCUUAAUAUUUCUUUGGCUCAGGUGAAGGAGUUCUACACCAAAAAUAUUGAAGCUAUGAGAAGGCGUUCACCUCAUUUGAUCAUUCAAUGGAUCAAAGGGGAGCAGAAAAGGAAGCAGAGGAAUAUUGCUAACAUGAAACCGAAAAAGGAACGAUAUACCAUAGAAGAGCAGGCAGUGUUGGAAGAAACUAUUGCUAAUCAUAUGAAAGAAGAAUCUCUACCAAGCAUUGCAGAAUGUUCUUUCUUGAUAGAGCAGAAUGACGUUUUGAGUUCAAGAUCCCCAGCAUCGAUUAAAUCGUUCAUUUAUAAUAAAAUAAAGAAGAGGAGGACCAUAUGAAGUGAAUUAUACACCAAAUUCUCUCAAUUGUUUGUUUAUCUUUAUGAAAUUUUAUCCACUCGUUAUACUGAUCCAUGAUUUGUUUAUUUUCAUCGUAUUCAUUAAUUUGUUUGGUUUGUUUCAUAUUUUGAUUAUAUUAUCCGUUUUAUU